AUGAGUACUGAAAUAGCUUUUGUUCCGAAGAUCGAAAUAGAAGGUGAAUCGGACAUCUACGUGAAACGUGGCAGUACAGUCCAGCUCAAGUGUGUGAUCACACAGUCCCUAGAAGAACCCGCCUACAUUUUCUGGUAUCACGACGGAGAACGGGUGCUCAAGUACGACCAAAGUGCCAUCGACAUCCGUAUGUCACGGAAGGGCACUGACACUACUAUCAGCACCAUGACGAUAUUCCGCACGAGACCAGAGGACGCCGGCAACUACACCUGCAGUCCGUCCAAUUUGGACUCUGCCAGUGCGUAUUUGCACGUCAUUAAUGACAUGAAGUUGAAUGUUAUUAAUUCUUAUGAUGAAGGAUCUAAUUUGCAGAAUAGUACGACUGCGGACGACACAGUGAUUAUAACUGCUAAUUUGGAAGAUCAGCAGUUAUUACUUGAUAGGGUGAAUAGCAUACGUAAAAAAUAUGGCCUAAAAAUCAACAUUUUGAAAACGAAAUAUAUGGUCAUUAGCAGAAACCCUCCAGAAAACCCGAUAAUAUGCAUAGGUGACGAUCGUAUAAAAUGCGUGAAAACUUUUAAAUACCUUGGCACCACAAUCAAUGACCAAUCGGAUCCACAACACGAGAUAAAAACCCGAAUACAAAUGGCAAGACAAGCUUUUGUGAAAUUCAGACCGCUCCUAUGUAAUCAAAAUCUAAAUUUCGAAAUACGUUACAGAAUGGUCAAGUGCUACAUAUGGUCCAUCUUGCUUUAUGGCAUGGAAACGUGGACUUUGAAAAAAACAUCUACCAACAAACUUGAAGCAUUUGAAAUAGUUCGAAACGAUGACGUCCUUAAGAGAGCCGGCGUGGAAAGAGAACUCUUUGAAUUAAUUAAAAAACGCAAGAUUGGUUACCUUGGGCACAUAUUAAGAGGAGCAAAAUAUGAAAUACCACAGUUAAUCCUACAAGGGAAGAUCGAAGGUAGGAGAGGAGCCGGCCGCAAACAAUUAUCCUGGUUAAGGAAUAUUCAAGAAUGGACAGGAAUACACAACACAGGCGAGCUGUGUCACGCCGCCAAGAACAGAAUUCUAGUAAUGAGAUAG